CCACGGAGCACACAACUGCACCUUUUCUCGAAAGGUCAACACCACAGCAUUGUUCCCUCGAAGAUGACUACAUUAAUGGAUUGCGACAAUAUAACGGAUGAUACGUUGGCAGCAGUCGAACAGAUGGACUUGAAAGGCGACGUAGAAGGCGGAGAUGUGGGGGUUCCUUCCAAGACCAGCAACGAAAACGAAAACGACCACUUUGAUGGCGAUUUGCCGCCCGAUUCGGAAGACAUCAGCGAGGACGAGGGCGUGGUUUCUUCCACAGGUUCAAGCGAUAGCGAGAACGAUUCUGGAACUAGUCCCGAUGCGGCUGAAGAUGUCUUACUAGAGGGCACAAUGUUGAAGGACGAAGGCAACGGUCACUUCAAGAAUGGAGACCUAGACAAGGCUGCCCGUGCGUACCGCCGCGGAGCCAACGUAGUGAAGAAACUCAACAAGCAAAACUCCGGGGAUGACCAGGUAAAGUCUCUAUUGAUGGCGCUACAAACCAACCUGAGCAUGAUCUGUUUUAAGCAGCAAAAGUACAAAAUGAGUGUGGAAGUCGCCUCCAAAGCGAUUCAAGUUGACGCAACCAACGUCAAGGCCUUGUACCGACGGGCCGCCGCACGGCGUAAAAUUGGCGAUCAUGAAGAAGCGCGCGCUGACUUGAAAACUGCCCUUCAACAAGAUCCCUCUAACAUACCGUGUAAAAAAGAAUUGCUCAGCAUCAAGAAGGAACUCGAAACGCAUCGCGACAGCCAGAAAAAAGCACUCGCCAAGGCAUUUUCCAGUAGCGGUGGCUCAUUUCUGUACGUUGACAAGGAAGCAGACGAUAAGAAAAAGGCCGAAGAAGAGCAGCGCCGGAAAAAGGAAGAACAAGAACUGUACAAAAAGCGCAAACAUGAAUGGGAAGACGAAUGCGUCAAGCGUAUGGCCAACAAUGAACCAGCCGUGUCUUUCGAGGAUUGGGAAAAGGAGCAAAACUCAGCGGACGAAAAGCGCCGUAAAAAAGAGGAGAAGAAGAGAAAGGAAGUAGAAAAGCGUCGGAAGGCGGAGGAGAAGGCUAGACGUGAUGCUAUGAAAAAGAACCAAUCCAACGAUGCAGAGAGCGACUCGGAGGACGAUGCUUUGACGGAAUCCGAGUUGGCCAUGAUGCGGGGAUACAAAAAAACAAAGGACGGUCGUACCACUAGUUAUUUUACAAGAGAGCUAUCGGAAGAUGAAAAGCAAAAGCUGGGUGAUAUUGCUCCGAAGAAACUGGAGCCUAGCGGUUCGAGCAAUGUACCUACGAGACUCUCAACAUCUACAGACGGGAUCUCACGGCCAUCGGCCUGGAACAAAGCAGGCACCUGGGAAGAAAAAGACACAACGAGUUGGUGCAAUAGUCAGCUACGUAGUCGGCUUGAAGAUGUAACCGUCACAUCAAAAUAUAACGUCGAAAUUUUAUCAGUGGAAGAAUUGACAGGCGAUGCGUCUGUGGCGAUCGCUGGCGGUAAGAAACGCUACAUAUUCGAUUUUCAUGCGAAGCUCAAAUAUGAGUUGACAAAGCCAGAUACCGGCGACAAAGUUGCCAGUGGAAUUUUACGACUUCCUGACAUUUGUAGUACUUCUCAUGAAGAGCUUGAAGUUAUAUAUGAUGGAUGGACCAAGAAACCCAGUACACAUAUGGAGAAACAUGCGCUCGUCAGCAGGAACGAAUUGAGUGAGGUUAUUCGCGCGCAAAUCAAAAACUGGGUCCAAGAUUUCAACGAGCAAUAUUAG